AUGGAUAAUUUAGAAACUUUAGAAAUCCAUUCUAAAGAUUUUCUUAUCAAAUGGAUUAAUGCUCCUGAUAAUUCAAUUAUUGAUUGGCAAGUAAAACCAUUAAAGAAAUCGAUUAAUUUUGCAUUUUAUCGAAAGAAAGACGAUUUAAGCCAAACUACAGAAGCAAAUGGUUCAUCUUCAACUGCUCUUGAUCCAAUUACUCCACCACCGCCAUUAAACAACAGAGCAAGAUCAGGAUCAACUGCAUCAGUCAACCAAUUUACAAAACCAAAUGAUGUUUAUAAAUCAAAAAGUAGAUCUUCAACUUUAUCUUCAAUCAAUGAAAAAAGUGAUUUAACUUUGAUAAAAAAUUAUAAUAAAUUAGUUGCUAAUGAAUUAGUUCGUGGUAAAUUUGAAGUCUCAAAAGGUGGUAUGUUUGCUUUUGUAUUUGAUAACUCUUUCUCCAAAACAAUUGCAAAAUCCGUUCAAUUUAAAUCAGAAAUAGUUACACCAGAACAACAACAUACAUAUCAUGAUCAACAUGUUUUUGAUUUAGAACAAAAAAGUUCAACUAGUGGUGAUACAUUACAAAGUGUUAUGUUGAAAAAAAGAAGAAAGAAGUUACAAGGUUUUACCAAAAGAUACUUUGUAUUAAAUAUUCAAAGAGGUUUAUUGUCUUAUUUUAAAGUUGAUGAUAGAAAAUUAAGAGGUCAGAUGCCAAUUAAAGAAUCAAUAGUUUCAGCUAAUCCAUCAAAUAGAGAAUUGAUUAUUGAUUCAGGUAUGGAAGUUUGGCAUUUAAAGGCUGUUAAUCAAGCUGAUUUUAAUGCUUGGGUAAAUGCAUUUAAUGCAAUUAAAAAAGAAGAAGUUCAACAAUUACCUCAAAAGCAAGAAAAACCUUUAUCAUCAUCAACAAUUUCAAAUGGUCCUACAGCAACAGAAUUACAAGUUUUAGCUUUCAAAAUUGAUCAAUUAAAAACUGAAAAUCCUCAAUCAGAAUUGGUUGAAGAUAUUCAUGCUGAUUUUAUGACUUUAUUAGCAAAAGCUAAAGGAGAACAGUUAUCAUCUACUCAAGAUACACAAUCAGUAUUUUCGUCAGAUUUUCAAGAUGCUCAAGAUCACUUUUAUGAAGAUAGUGGAGUUGUUUAUCUUGACGAAGGUAAAACACCACAACAAUAUGAAGAAAUUAAUGAAGUUGAGGAAAGUUCAGAUGAAGAAGAAGAUGAAGAAGAUGAUUAUCAACAAAAACAAGGUACUUUGGAAGCUGUUCCCGUUGCAACAAGUACACCUGAACAACAACAACAAGAACCACAAGCUCAAGAUUUGCCUCAACCAACAGUUAGUGAAGAUGACAAUUUAUAUCCAUUACCUCAUGAUCCUGUUUCAAGAGAUGCAGAUGUACCGAUUUGCAACCAUACACCACCAUCAGUAUUAAGUUUUGUACGUAAAAAUGUUGGUAAAGAUUUAUCAACAAUUGCGAUGCCAGUUACAUACAAUGAACCAACUACAGUGUUACAAAAAUUCGCCGAAAUGUUGGAAUAUCCAGAUAUUGUCACCAAUGCAUUAGAAGCUGAAGUUAAAGAUGAUAGUGGUGAAAAAAUCUUACGUAUUGCAGCAUUUGCUUUAAGUUCUUUAUCAUCACAACGUGCAAAAGAAAGAAAUAAGAGAAAACCAUUUAAUCCUUUAUUAGGUGAAACUUAUGAAUUAGUACGUGAAGAUUUAGGUUUUAGAUUAAUUUCAGAAAAAGUUAGUCAUAGACCACCAGUAUUUGCUUAUCAUAUUGAUACUGAAAGUUGGACUUUAGCUUAUACAUUAGCUCCUUCACAAAAAUUUUGGGGUAAACAAUUUGAAGUUACAACAAAAGGUAAUAUUUAUUUAACAGAUAAAUUAACUGGAGAAGUAUUUACAUGGACUCAACCAACAACUUUAAUUAAAAACAUCAUUGCUGGUGAAACUUAUGCUGAACCUUCUGGUACUGUUACAAUUAAAUCAUCAACUGGUUAUAGAGCACUAGUUGAAUUUGCAAAAGGUGGUAUGUGGAGUGGAAGAUCUGAAGGAGUUAGUGUUAAAGCUUUAGACAAGAGUAAAAAAGAAUUAUCUUAUACUAUAAAUGGUAAUUGGACGGAGUCAUUUACAUUAAAGACUAAAAGUACUGAAAAGACAAUUUGGCAAGCUGGUGAAUUAUUGCCUAAUUAUCAAAAGAAAUAUGGUUUUACAACAUUUACAGGUACUUUGAAUAAAAUAACAGCAAUGGAACAAGGUCAAUUAGCACCAACCGAUUCAAGAUUAAGACCAGAUUUGCAAUGUUAUGAACAAGGUGAUGUUGAAAAAGCAGAAGAAUUGAAAAAUAAAUUAGAACAAGAUCAAAGAGUUAGAAGAAAAGAAUUGGAAGAUGCAGGUAAAGAACAUGAGCCUAAAUUUUUCAAAUUUAAAGGUAAUGGACCAGUUGAUGAAGGUGAUUGGGAAUUUAUUCAAGGUGAAAAAAGUUAUUGGAAUAGAAGAAAGGAUCAAGAUUGGGAUGAUUUGAUUAAAUUAUGGUAG